AUGUUGGUCAAGCAGCGCCUGGUGGAUGUUUGCCGGGGCCAUGCUGAGCAGGUGGAGGACAACAAGCGGCUGCAGUCGUCGGUCCGCAAGCUGAAGCACCGGUUGGACCAGCUGCUGCGCGAGACGUCCGGCCUGGAGGUGGAGCAGGCGCGCGUGCUGCUCACGCGCAGCCAGCUGGAGGCACUCUGCCGGGAGCUGCAGACGCAGAACCGCGCCAUCAAGGAGGAGAGCCAGGCCAAGGUGCGCGAGGAGAGCGAGAGGCGCCGCGCCGUAGCCGCCCAGUUCCAGACGACGCUGAACGACAUAUCGAGCCUGAUCGCCGACAGCAGCGAGAAGAACGCCAAGCUCACCGACGAGAACGCCAGCAUCUCCGGCAAGCUGGCGAAGCUCUGCCAGCAGUACGAGCAGAAGAACGCGGCCGCGACCACGUGCCAGGCCCGCUGCAAGCAGUUGGAGGCCACCGAGGCCCAGCUAAAGGCGCAGCUGGACGCCUGCGCCCAGCGCUUCGACGACGUCCAGGCUGCGCUGGCCCAGUCCAACACGGCCUUCGAUACGUACAAGACCGACAUCGACAAGGUGGGACUGUGGGCAAUGCAUUAG